AAAAUUAAUUAUAUAGAUUUUGUAGAUUUUGAGAAUUGGUAAGCACUUGGAAUGCUUUGCGGUAAGAAAUGCUCCCUCUUCUGCCUCUUCUUGAGCAUCUGGGGCACAAUUCAGUUGCUGCUGAUGGGCAUGUCCUAUUCGCUCAACUCCAUGGGUAUGUUUCAAACUCUGCCGCUGAAGGAGACCUAUAAGAGUCUGCAGCAAUUUCGCACCGAGUGCGAUCGCUUAAAUAGGACUCUGGCAUUACGCUGCUAUGUAUCUGCCAUACUCUAUGCCUUAUUUGCCUUCUGCUCCUACAUCUGUUUCUGCACCCGAAAGAGGCGAGCUAACAUGCAGAAACUAAAACCGAAAUCUAAGAAAGCGCAAUUGAAGACAAACCGUUUCAUAUAGCACUUAUAUACAUAUACAUAUGUCUUUGUGUAUUUCUAUAUAUAUUUUGUAGAUCUUGACAUUAUAAAGCGACAUAUUUCAGCAUUGCAUAUUGCGAUCA